CGCACCUGUGUUCUCUUUUGCAGGCUAUUGGCUGUACUCUGAACUGCAGUUGCCAAAGUUUCAAACCAGGCAAAAUCAACCACCGGCAGUGUGAGCAGUGCCGACACGGAUGGGUGGCCCACGCGCUCAGCAAGCUGAGGAUCCCGCCCAUGUAUCCCACGAGCCAGGUGGAGAUCGUCCAGUCCAACGUGGUGUUUGACAUCAGCAGCCUCAUGCUCUACGGGACCCAGGCCAUCCCCGUGCGCCUGAAAAUCCUCCUGGACCGGCUCUUCAGUGUGCUGAAGCAGGACGAAGUCCUGCGGAUCCUGCACGCCCUGGACUGGACCCUUCAGGACUACAUCCGGGGAUACGUGCUGCAGGACGCGUCGGGGAAGGUGCUGGACCACUGGAGCAUCAUGACCAGCGAGGAGGAGGUGGCCACCUUGCAGCAGUUCCUGCGUUUCGGGGAGACCAAGUCCAUCGUGGAGCUCAUGGCUGUGCAGGAGAAGGACGAGCCGGCUGCCAUCGCCCCGCCCUCAGCGGCCAACGUGGACAUCAGGGCUUUCAUCGAGAGCUGCGGCCACAGGGGCGCCAGCCUCCAGGUGCCCGCGGACAAGGGGAGCCCCGGCGGCGGGCACCCCUUUGAGAACCUCAUCAACAGCAUGACCUUCAUGUUGCCCUUCCAGUUCUUCAACCCCGUGCCGCCCGCACUGAUGGGGCCACUGCCCGAGCAGUACGCGCUGGAGCAGGGUCCGGACCCGGGUCAGGGCCAGGACCCCCGGCAGGAUCUCCACAGGCCCUUCCCCGACGACAGCAGCUUCCUGGCCUCCAGCUCCACCCCGUUUCAGCUGGAAAAGGAGCCGUGUCCGAGCUGCCCCGAUGCCGCCCCUCACCAGGAAGACGCCGCCCACGUGAGCGACUCCAGCACCUACAGCCUCGUCACGAAGCUGGAAGGGACGCAGCUGUCCCCCGAGGCCCGGGGGAAGCCAGAGCGGCACGGCCUGGGCGCCAAGAAGGGCCGGGUGUUCUGCACGGCCUGCGAGAAGACCUUCUACGACAAAGGCACCCUCAAGAUCCACUACAACGCCGUGCACCUGAAGAUCAAGCACAAGUGCACCAUCGAGGGGUGCAACAUGGUGUUCAGCUCCCUGCGGAGCCGCAACCGCCACAGCGCCAACCCCAACCCCCGGCUGCACAUGCCCAUGAACAGGAACAACAGGGACAAGGACCUCAGGAGCAGCCUGAGCCUGGCCGCCUCGGACGGCUACAGGCGCCCGGGGCUCGAGGUGACGUCCCCGGACCGCAGGCCUCUCCCCGGCUGCCCCGGUUCAGGCGAGGAUGCCAGGGGCCAAGCGGUCUUCCCGGGCGCCGGGCAGAACGGCGUGCUUUUCCCCAACCUGAGGACGGUCCAGCCGGUGCUCCCUUUCUACCGCAGCCCGGCCACGCCCGCCGAGCUGGCCACCACGCCCGGGAUGCUGCCGUCUCUCCCCCUGCUGUCGUCCUCCAUCUCGGAACAGCUGGUUUCCGCCGAGAUGCCGUCCGAUGCCCUCCCCAAGAAGAAAUCCCGCAAGUCCAGCAUGCCCAUCAAGAUCGAGAAGGAGGCCGUGGGAACGGCUGACGAGAAGAGGCGGGCGCCCAGCUCCGAUGAAGAUCGGCCCCUGCAGGUGGUCAGUGAAGACGAGCUGGAGGCCUGCAGCCCCGGGUCGGACGGGGCGCUGGAGGAGGAGCAGGGAGGAUGCCCAGGGAGGCCUCCCCGCGAAGGGCAGCCGGCCUGCCACCUCUCGUCGGUGAUCGAGCCCAGGGGGGUCAUCAGCAGGACCCCCGAGCAGGCCACGCGCAACUCGGAGAGGGAGACGGAGCUGGAGCAGAAGCCAGGGCUGACCCUGGUGCCCGGGGAGGCGGAGGACAGCGGCCGGGAGCUCCGCCUCCCUCCUGGGCUGGAGCCCUGCAUCCCUUUCCCGGACUACGUCAGGCUGCAGCAGCACCUGCUGGCCGGGGGCCUCCUGGGCGCCUUGUCCACCCGAGGAAUGGCUUUCCCUUGUUUUGAAGAUUCCAAGGACCUGGAGCCCACGGGUCCGCACGCGUUGGCGAGGCAGAAGGAAGAGAGUCGCCACCAGUGUGACAUCUGUCAGAAGACCUUCAAGAACGCUUGCGGCGUGAAGAUGCACCACAAGAACACACACUCCAAGGAGACACACGUGUGCACGGUGGAGGGCUGCCAAGCCACCUUCCCUUCCCGCAGGAGCAGGGACAGACACAGUUCAAACCUAAACCUCCACCAGAAAGGAUUGGCCCAGGAAGCACUGGAGAGCAGCGAAAACCAUAUCCGCGCAGCGUACCUUCUGAAAGACGUGGCUAAGGAGGCCUAUGCGGACGUGGCUUUCACGCAGCAAGCCUCCCAGACGUCUGUCAUCUUCAAGGGCACCAGCCGCAUGGGCAGCCUGGUUUACCCCAUAGCCCAGGUGCACAGCGCCGCCCUGGAGAGCUACACCUCCGGCCCGCCGGGCGAAGGCACCAUCCUGGACCUGAGCGCUACCUCGAGCAUGAAGUCGGAGAGCCCCAGCCAUUCCUCCUGGGACUCCGACGGGGCGGCGAGCGAGGAGGGCGCCGGGCUCAUGGAGGACAGCGACGGGAACGGCGAAGGCGCCGGCCUCGUCCCCGGGGAGGACGAGUACCCCAUCUGCGUCCUGAUGGAGAAGGCCGACCAGAGCCUGGCCAGCCUGCCUUCCGGGUUGCCCAUCACGUGUCACCUCUGCCAAAAGACCUACAGCAACAAAGGGACCUUCCGGGCCCACUACAAAACCGUGCACCUGCGCCAGCUGCACAAGUGCAAGGUGCCCGGCUGCAACACCAUGUUCUCGUCUGUGCGCAGCCGCAACAGACACAGCCAGAAUCCCAACCUGCACAAAAGCCUGGCCUCCUCCCCCGGCCCCCUCCAGUAGCAAGAUGGGAAACGCAAGGGCAUUGUUUCUGGGGGAGAAGGUAGGACAAGGGUCUGUUUCGGGCUUUACCGCCAUUCGGGACAAGCCAGGCCAAAAAGCAUUGGAGCUGACUUUCUCGUCUUCGGCUGCGGGAUGAGCGGGGUGUUGACGCGGGGCAGCCUUUCCUAUCAUUUGUCCUCAGCCCCGGGUGUUUUUCACUGACAACGACGCAAACGUGCAGAAAUGCAGUUUUUCCCAGCUCUGUUGACACGUUCCCUGGGAGAUCUCUGCGCCUGCAGAUGGCCGUCAGGGGCCCCGGGCCGGGAGGCGGCUUGGAAGGAGGCUGGCUGGAUUUGGGGUGGAUUGAGUGUCCCGGGGGAAGCCGGCUGUCACCAUGGGUGAGGAACCAGCCCCCUAGAGAUUCCAUUUUUUUUCAGUUCCUGCUUUCAUGAGUCUGAAACCCAGAUUUCAGUUUGGGAGCGGGACUUUCGGAGACAGUCCCUCCGUUUGGAGUGGAAAAUCGCCUCCCCCCGCCCCCCCACAAAGGUCUCACGUGUUACUCUGGGGGGCUCUCAGAGGAGGCCCGGGAGCGGGAAUGUUACUGAGGAUGUUAGUUCUCGCUCUGUAACACGCAUUCGAGAAGCUGGGGACGGGGGAGACCAUGCACUUAAAAAUAGCAGUCUUCGAUUUAAUUUAAGAUAAUUUUGAUGAUAUUUAAUUUGUGUUUAUAUAUGUGAGUAUAAGGGGUGAGUGCAGACAUGUCACAGUGUGAUUUGGUGGGCGGGGGGGAGAGGGGGCGUCUCGAUCGGAAGCAGAAGGAGUGAUGACCCUAAACGUCAAACCCACUGCCCGUGUUCAUUUGGAGAAGUUCAGAGUCUGCUCCCGGCGCUGCCCUGCGGAAUGGGUGCAGGCGCGACCCGGCAGGACCGUUUGUGUAUAUAUUUUUGAUCCAAGCGUUUAGAGAGUGUGGUUUGGAGGGUGGGUGUGCAUUGUCAGUAUCCCCGGAUCCCUCCGUCUCCAUCCUUUAUAGAUCUGUAAGAUUAGGGGGAACUCCCGGAGUUACAUGGUAGAAAGAAAAGUAGGAUGUUACUGCCAUACUAUGUGUCUUAAUAUUUAACUUAUUCUGAACUAUAGUCCACGCUGUUGUACACCUUUGCUGUUGGAGACAGGAAGCAUGAUCGGUCCCAUCUCGUGAAAUUCGGCGUUUACAGUUCUCUAAAAGCCCGAGGUAGGGAAAAAGAAGUCAGUUUCAUAUGAAGACUUCAAGUUCACCGUCUUUGAAAGUUAUGGUUGCUUUAAGUAAUGAAAAACAUCCUUAGAGAGAAUUGGGGGUGGUGAGAGAGAGUAUUCCCGUGGCCUAAAGGUGAAAGAAGCCAACAAGCUGUUACUGAUUUAUGUCGACGUUUAAAAAUAAAUAAAUGUGACAACUUCAAACUUGUCUGUGCUUAAAGGGAGAUGUAUUGUUCAUUGGUUUUGUGACCCAGCUGUUCAAUAUUCCAGGUUUCCCAAAAUGG